AUGACAAGCCGGUUCUAUCACUUGCUUACUGAGUUGAACAACUUUGGAGUAGCAACAACUCAAACAGAAGUGGUGAAGAAGUUUGCUGAUGCACUGCCACCCCAAUGGAAUAGUUUCUUGGAGAUUUUGAAGUAUAAUGGGGUUAUGGCUACUACAAAUAUCAACGACUUUGUGCAGCUUUUGGAGAACAAGGAUCAAGAAGAAACCUUGAAGGCAAAGAGAGUUCCAGUGCUACAGAAUCCAGAAAUGUAUUAUGGAACUACAAGUACUUCUUCUGCAAGAGCCAUUGUGCCAAGCAACCCUGGUUCACAUGCUCCACUGCAGACAACCUUUGUUACAAGCACAGAUAUGUAUGGCAAUACAGUGCAAGAAAACAAUUUGGGACACUUGAAGAUUCGUCUUGGUGAUAUUAAAUUAGCAACAAAUAAUUUCUCAGAGACAUACCCAAUUGCAUCUAGGGAUGGCGAAUCUACUUUGUACAGAGCAGAGCUCCACUGUUUUGAUAAAGAAAAUCCUUCAUCGGAAAAGGGGAAGAAUAAAGGAGAUCAUCCCAAGGGACACAACAUUGUGGUCAUAAAACGGUAUGAGUGGUAUGGAGAAGAAGAGUUUUUUACAGAAAUUGAGAUGCUUACGAGUAUUAAGCAUCCGAACAUAGUCACUUUAAUUGGUUUUUGUAUUGAAGAUUCUGAGAUGAUCCUCGUCAUUGAGAAUGUGUCUAAUGGAUACCUUGAUCAUUAUUUGAGAAACGACAAUGAUAUGCGUAUUUUGACAUGGGAGAAGCGUUUGAAAAUCUGCAUUGAAGUUGCAAACGCAUUGGAGCACCUUCACUUUGAGAUGGAAGACAAAAAGAUGAUAAUACAUCGUGAUAUAUGUCGCUCCAACAUUGGGUUGGACGAGAACUGGAGGGCAAAGAUUAAUGGACCGGCCUACAUAGAUCCAGAGUAUGAGAAGACUAAUAAGUUAAAAAGAGAAUCAGAUGUAUAUAGUUUUGGAAUAGUUUUGCUUGAAAUUCUAUGUGGGAGGGCAGGCGAUGACCCAAUUUACUGGAAGGAGAGUGACAAAGGGUUGGGCCCUAUGGCAAGACAAAGCUUCCGCACAGGAACUCUAGAGGACAUGAUAGAUCCUAUACUAAAGGAAGAAACCAGUGAAUACAAUUUUGUCCUAAAGAGAGGACCCAACAAGGAGUCUUUACACACAUUCAUGAAGAUUGCAUAUCAAUGUGUGGCAAAAACUCAAGAUCAACGUCCUACAAUGAAAGUUGUUGUUAAGGAACUUGAGAAAGCACUAUCAUUUCAAUUGAAUUCAGAGGUCAAAUUUGAUUAUGUGGAGGAGAAGAAUCAUGCUUCCGUAAUUGAGACACAAGUAGUUGAGCUUUCCAAUGAAUUGAACAGUAUGAAAAUGACUGAGAAAUCUGAAAAUUUUGAAAUUCAUAACAAGGAAAAUAUGUUACAUGACCAAACGGAUGACCCAGCUGAACCUGAUUGUUGUAAGUUUGCUAUGUUUUAA